AUGGGCCAUUCAGUUCCCGAUCUCGACGCAGUUGGCAUCCUCGCGGAGCGAGAGUUGGCCGAUCAGUUCCGCAGAGAAGUCGCAGAGCUGCUUGGCCGCAGCAGCUUGAACUUCCCCGGUGCGCAACCCGUGAGUUUUGCGGCGCGACACCUCCUGGAGCUACAGAAACAGGAUUACUACGUUUGUGAGAAGACAGAUGGCAUUCGAUGUCUUAUGUACUUUGCGCGUGGGGAUCCGGAGUCUGGCACACCUGAAAUCCACUACCUGAUCGAUCGCAAGAAUGACUACCGCUACGUGCCUGGUUUACAUUUCCCCUUACCGGACGAUGAUACAUUCCAGUCCUUCCAUGUGGACACCUUGGUGGACGGAGAAUUGGUGAACGACACUUACGAAGGUGGGACGCAACAGCUCAAGUAUCUCGUGUUCGACUGCUUGGUGUUAGACGGACAGAGCCUCAUGCACCGCACCCUGGACAAGCGCCUGGCGUAUUUCAAGGAGAAGGUCCUCAAGCCGUAUAACGCCAUGUACCGCAAAUUCCCGGAGGAGAAGCAACAUCGGCGGUUUGUGGUUGAGGACAAAUCCACGCAGUUCAGCUACGGCAUUGAAAUGAUGUUCCGCGACAUCAUCCCUAAGGUGAAGAAGAUCCAUGGCAACGACGGUCUGAUCUUCACCUGCCGAAGUACACCGUACCGCAUCGGAACGGACGAGCAUAUCCUCAAAUGGAAACCUCCGUCCGAAAACACCAUCGAUUUUCGUAUGCGCCUUGAGUUCCCCUUACUGGAGCCAGACACAGACGACGAGGCCGACGGUGUCUCCGAGCCUUACCCGGACUACGAUGCGCUUCCUAUCUUCCACCUCUUCGUCAUGCUGAAUGCAGGCGAGUACCGCCAUUUCGGAGAAAUGUACGUUACCCCUCCAGAAUGGGAGAAUCUUAAAACCCUGGGCAUUCCACUAGACGAUACCAUCGUGGAAUGCUAUAAGGACGAGCACGGAAGGUGGCGCUUCCACCGACUCCGUGACGACAAGAAUGAUGCCAACCACAUAUCGACCGUCGAGAAGGUGCUGGAGAGUAUCGAGGACCGUGUCUCAGAGGAAGAUCUAAUCCGUGCGGCUCCGGCGAUCAAAGCCGCUUGGAAGAAACGACAGGCGCAAGCGGCGUUUGAGGAGGAGGAGCGCAGACGGAGAGCAGGAGCAGCGAGGCCUCCACCACCGAACAGCUUGAAUGGGAAUGGUGUGAAGCGGAAAUUCGAGGAGUAA